UGUCCAGUGAGCCAUUCACAAUGUUAUAUAAGCCGUUCCAUAACCAUUAGAGGGAAAGUCUUCCCCUCCCCGUUGCACUGUGGCCACUCUCUCUUGUUCCGAUCCAUUGCUGUUCCAGGCAUGGCCACACAAGUGACACUAGUGGCAUCAGCAUUUCUUUUGCUUCUUUCUCUCCCUUUCUCCACUUCCAUCUCUCACUCUCACCGAUCCGCUGCCAUCAAUCUCUUCGCUACCUCUCCCGCCAGCUUAGAAGACGCGUACGAGGCGCUUAGAGUGUUUGAGAUUCUUGGAUUAGAAGAGAAGAAGACUCACUUGAGCGGGGACGCGUGUCAGAAAGUGUUGGAAAAUCUAGACUCGGCUUCCUCUCUCAAGGAUUUGUUCUAUGCCUUGAAAGUUAACAACAUUUUAAAAUGCGAUGUUAAUAGCAACGCUUUAAAGGAUAUUGCUUCAAGACUUAAAGCUACUGUUCAUGACCCGAGUACUUUGCUUGACAUAUACUACUCAAUUGGAGGCUUGGUUCUUAUAAAGGAUCAGGACUCUAAUGUUGAUGCGUAUCUUGCCGAUGUUGACAGGGUUUUUCAAUCAAUCAAGGCUCUAAGUCAAAGUGAUGGAAGAUGGCGCUAUAGUUCUGAUAAUCCAGAGUCUAGUACCUAUACUGCUGGAUUGGCAAUUGAAGCUCUUGCCGGAGUGAUCUCACUAGCAUCUUCUGAAAUUGAUCAAUCUAAGGUCAAUAUAGUGAAAAAUGACAUAAUAAAGCUUUUUGAUGUCAUUGAGAAAUAUGAUGAUGGAACCUUUUAUUUUGAUGAUAAAUUUGUUGGUGGAGAAGAGCAACGGGGUUCUCUUUCUGCAACUUCUUCAGUUGUUAGAGGGUUUACUUCAUUUGCUGCUGUAACUUCUGGAGAAAUAAAUCUUCCAGGGGAUAUAAUAUUGGGUCUGGCAAAAUUUUUCUUGGGCAUUGGAAUCCCAGGAAAUGCCAAGGACUUCUUCAAUCAAGUUGAGUCGUUAGCUGUUCUAGAGAAUAACAGGAUUUCCAUUCCAUUGAUAUUGUCACUCCCUGAAACAGUUUAUGCAUUGACCAAGGAAGGCCAGCUUAAGGUUAAGGUGAAUACAGUGCUUGGUUCAGCUGCACCACCUUUAACAGUUAAGCUUGCCCAUGCUUUUAGCACUGGUGCAAAAGAUUCAGCUAUUAUUGACAGCAAGGAGCUCCAGUAUGACCAAGAAAGUGGAUUUCAUGUCUUAGAUGCUUUCCCUAAGAACGUGGACGUGGGAACAUAUAUGUUUGUUUUUGAGAUUGUGCUUCAUGAUUCUGGCAGUGAAAAAGUUUUUGCAACUGGAGGACAAAUUCAUGUACCGAUAUAUGUCACUGGGUUCAUUAAAAUCAACAAUGCAGAAAUCACUGUUGCGGAUAGUGAUCCUGGGCGUGCCCAAACUCAGAAAAAGCUAGAUUUGGCUGGAAAUGAUGUAGUUUCACUCUCAGCUAACCACUUGCAGAAGUUGAAGUUUUCUUUCCAAUUGACAACACCUCAUGGUCAUGUUUUUAAGCCUCAACAGGCAUUUUUCAAGAUGAGACACGAGACAAAGGUUGAGCACAUCUUCAUGGUUGGAAACAUUGGCAAGAAGUUUGAGAUAAUUCUUGAUUUUCUUGGCUUGGUGGAGAAACUUUUUUAUCUCUCAGGCAGAUAUGACAUUGAGUUGACUGUUGGUGAUGCCGUCAUGGAGAAUUCUUUCUUACGGCUACUGGGCCAUCUCGAUUUAGAUCUUCCAAAAGCACCUGAGAAAGCAGCCCGUCCUCCACCCCCACCUGUUGACCCUUACUCAAGAUAUGGGCCGAAAGAAGAGAUUACACAUAUAUUUAGGGCUCCUGAAAAGAAACCACCCCUGAAUCUCUCUCUUAUAUUCUUGGGUUUAAUCCUUUUGCCAUCCAUUGGCUUUUUGGUUGGGUUAUUGCGAUUGGGAGCGAACCUAAAGAAUUUCCCUAGUUCAACAGUGCCUGCUACAUUUGGGAUCCUUUUCCAUGUUGGCAUUGCUGGGGUUUUGUUACUUUAUGUAUUUUUCUGGUUGAAGCUGGACCUGUUCACUACACUCAAGGCAUUUGGUCUUUUGGGAGCUUUCCUGAUGUUUGUGGGACACAGAAUUCUUUCUCAUGUCGCUUUGACAUCAGCCAAGUUGAAAUCAGCAUGAAUUAAACCACAAAUAAUUUCUAUUUAUAAAGAGACGACGAGAAUGAGUUUUUUCCUUUAAAGGAAUGGCACUAAUCCAAUUUUGUAGGACCAUUGCUGAAUUAUCUAAUGACAAAAUUCAGAGAGCUGAAUUGUAUCUUUAAGAGAAAAGAACAAAAUUAUAUCACAAGAAAAAAUUGACUUGA